AUGUCGUCAUCGCCGGACAUUGCCGGAAUCCUGGAUAACACGAAGGAGCUUGAUCGGUUAAGGAAAGAGCAAGAGGAAGUCCUUGUGGAGAUCAAUAAGAUGCAUAAGAAGCUUCAAGCUACGCCUGAGAUAGUUGAGAAGCCUGGUGAUACUUCAUUGUCAAAGCUUAAAAAUUUGUACAUUCAAGCAAAAGAGCUUUCAGAAAGUGAAGUAACUGUCUCAAACAUUCUGCUUACUCAGUUGGAUUCCCUUCUUCCAUCUGGACCAACUGGUCAACAACGCAGAAAACUAGAAGGCAACGAUCAGAAGAGGAAGAGAAUGAAAGGGGAUUCAGAUGUAACAAGAGUUUCUCCUUCAAUGAGAAAUCAAAUUGAGGCAUACGCCAGUCUAAGGGGUGAACAGGUUGCUGCUAGAGUCACAGCCGAUGAUGCCGAGAAAGAUGAAUGGUUUGUGGUGAAAGUAAUUCACUUCGAUAGAGAAACAAAAGAAGUUGAAGUACUCGAUGAAGAACCAGGAGAUGAUGAAGAAGGAGGUGGCCAGAGGACCUAUAAAUUAUCAAUGUCGUGUAUAUUACCGUUUCCAAAACGGAAUGAUCCUUCAAACACACAAGAGUUUAUACCAGGGAAACACGUCUUAGCUGUAUAUCCAGGAACCACGGCGCUUUACAAGGCGACUGUAAUAAGUACCCCACGAAAGGUUAGUUUUUUUUUUUUAAUCCCGCCCCAUUUUGAUCUUCGUUUCAACAAUGUAAAAUACAAACAAAAAGCUAACCUCUACAUACUCAAACUUGCAUGUUGCACAUCGGGUUACAGAGGAAGUCUGACGAAAUCCAAAGUGCUCAAUUAUGAUAAAGUUUCUGAUUACACUAGGUACUUGCUAGAAUUCGAUGACGAUGAGGAAGACGGAGCAUUGCCUCAAAGAACAGUGCCUUUCCACAAAGUGGUGGCUUUACCAGAAGGCCAUCGCCAGUGA